GUUGAAUCUACUGAAAUUACUGAGAAGAAGAGAGGGGGGGAAACGCGAGAAGACGAAGCAGCGUACCAAAGAGAUAAUCUGCUGUUUUCUGUGCAGGUCAAAUUAUUUAGGGACUCUGACAUCAAAGGCAGGGAAGACCAUGCUGAGAGCUUGUCUGAGAGGAGCUAAUGCUACGGCCCGGAAGAACUAUGGGAAAAUCCCUCUAACCAAUCUGCAGCAGUGCCGGCACUACACAGCAGGAGAAAGCAGUGGUGCUUCCAAAGUUGUUGCUGCUGGCUUGUUGACAGUAAGUGGCGGCAUUGGAGGAACAAUAUUGUAUGCCAAAUGGGACCACAAGUUCAGAGCAGCAGUCGAGAAGAAUGUCCCGUACUCAGACUGGCUGCUGGGCCUGGCUUUGGGACCCGCUCCCAAAGAUACAGGGGUCCCAGUAAAGAAACGGAUGGAGUUGGCCCAGCCACCGUCUAUGAUAGAAAAACAGGUGAAAGUGUCCAAAACCAAAUCAGAGAAGAAUGUCAAAGAGGCACCAGAGAGUCCAGACAAAGACUCCCGUCCUGUCGCGACUGCACAGAGCAUAGAGGAAGCUUCUCAGGAGGCCUCAAAAGAGGCGACUCAUAUCAUCUCAGCCAUCAGUGAGGUCCCAUCAGUCCCUGCUCCAUGUGACACAGAGGCAGCAGCAGUCAAAGAGGAGUGCAAAGACUGCCAUGAACACAAGGAGGCAACAGAACCACUGAAAGAACGUCCAGUAGAAGAAGUGGCAGCUAGACUUGCUCAACAAGAUAAGGAGGAACAAGAUAUUGUAGCAUCGGUAUCAACUAGUCUUGAAGACUCACUGGCAAGCUCAGCUCAAGCUACCUUGCAGGCCAUUGGAGCACAGGAGGCAGCCCUACAGGCUAUCACACACCACAUAAACAAACUGAAGGAGGCCAUGGAAUCAGAGGUUCCACCUGAGGAGAAGUCAGACCAGUGGAAGGAGCUCGAAGCUGCUCUUGCUGAUAGAACCUGUGCUUUGAAUGAUGCCAGAGCUGCUCUGUCAAAAGCCAAUGAAGCCUUAGACAGUCUGAGGUCAGUGAUUGACAAAUCUAAAGGGCUGAAGAUGUCCACUGUUCGCCCACUGGUUUUAGCAGCGGAGGAGAAUCUCCAUAACAUGGUAGUGGACUUGGACAAAGUGCUCAUGAAGGUUCAGUCUGCAGAGUCAGAGGCUAAGAUUGUCUCCCAGUACAGUGAACUGGUUAAUGAAGCCAAACAACAGUUUCAGAGGGAAGUCAGCAGCCUUACUCCAGAGAUCCAGGCCAACUGGAAAGGACUAACUGGUAAACUGUCCACAGAUGACCUCAAUGCCCUGAUCGCUCAUGCACACCGUCGCAUUGACCAGCUGAAUCGAGAGCUGGCUGAGCAGAAGGUAAGGGAGCAGAUCCACAUUGAUGCAGCGUUGGAACAACAGAAACUUGAGGACAAGAAAGCCCUGGAGAAGGCUGUCAGCACUGCUCUGCAACAUGUUCGAGAAGAGGCCCGAUUAGAGCAAGAGAAGAAGCUGGCUGAGUUAAGGGAAGUGAUGGAGGCAGAGAUGAGGACUCAGCUUCGGCGUCAGGCAGCGGCUCACACAGACCAUGUCCAGGAUGUGCUCAAAGUCCAGGGUCAAGAGCUGAGAGCUGAGGCUGAGCAGGUAUUGAGCAGCAAGAUGCUGGAACAAGAGACUCGCUACCGUCAGCUGACCCAGGAACAGCUUGAUAACUUCACUUUGGAUAUGAACACAGCCUACGCAAGACUAAAGGGGGUGGAGGAGGCUAUAGACAGCCAUGUGGUAGCAGAGGAGGAGGCUCGUAAGGCUCAUCAGCUGUGGCUCUCUGUGGAGGCUCUCAGUUACUCUUUAAAGACUGCUGAAGCUGACAUACCCACUGUGCCUCUAGAGACUGCUGCUCAGGCUGUGCGAGACAGCUGCCAAGACAAUGACUUUGCUGCGGCACUGGCAUCGGCUCUUCCAGAAAAAUCCCUGCAGCGCGGUGUGUACAGUGAGGCCUCUCUCCGUGCCCGCUUCAGUUCCUUGCGAUCGGUGGUCCGUCGUGUUGCUCUCAUUGACGAAUCUCAUAACUCCUUGUACCAGUACUUUUUGUCCUAUCUUCAAGCUGUACUGCUGUUUGAGAAGAAUCAGGAAGCUCCACCUAUCCAGCUGAGCGCUGAGGAUUUAGACCCGUUCAAGCUUCUGUCAUAUGCUAGCUACUGCUUAGAGCAUGGGGACCUGGAGUUAGCAGCUAAACUGGUGAACCAGUUGAGAGGAGAGGCCAGGAGAGUGGUGGAGGACUGGCUGACUGAAGCCAGACUCACACUGGAAACCAGGCAGGUAGUCAAUUUGCUGUCUGCUUAUGCAAAUGCUGUGGGGUUAGGAACCACACAGGCACCAUAGGCUACACAUUAAGACGGAAAAAACAACUGCUGAAAGUGUCUGGAUUCCUUUUACGUUAACUGAGCUUAACCACAUGUCAUUCAGGUGCAGCGUAAAUGUUUUUGUUUUAAAGCACUAAAUCAUUGUAGAAUAUCCGAUGCACCUCUAAACUUAUUCUUGUCAGUUCAGACCCACAGGUUUGGUCCAGUUAUUUAUCUCUGGCAAAUUCCAGCCCACAUGUUAUAGUACCUUGAUUCUAACAAUUAAAAGAUAUUUCAAGUUGGAUUUUUGUGAAUAUUGCACAUGUUAAAUAAAUCAUG